CGCCCCGCAGACCACCAUUUCGAAGCGGAAAACUGCGGCUGGAUGAACGCCCUGUACUACCGCAACUACUUCGAGAUCCUCAACACCUCCUUUGGCACCCCACCGGCCGUCAUCCUCGGCGCCAAAUACGGCUCCAACUACCUCGCUUCCCAGUCCUCCAAUUCUAUAAACGGCAGCAAUAACGUGGCGCGCAUCAUGAGCCGCCCGAUCACCUCGGCCAUGCCGUACAACACGCAGGUGACCUUUUGGUACAACAUCGCGGCCUAUCAGUUGCGCUACUUCCGGCUGAUCGUCCGCCAGAACGAGGUGGACGAGAUCGUGUGGGAGCGCAGCGGCGGAAGUGCUCCCGGCUGGAAGGAGGCCGUGUUGACGGUGUGCGGGAAGGCCGGCGCGCAUUUGAUCCUGGAGGUGGCCUUCACCCUGCCGGACAGUGUGGUGGCCGUGGAUGACGUCAGGUACCGCGGCGAGAACAAUCUGGCGGCCUCCGUGCCCGGCUUGUGCCCCGUGGUCAGCUGUCAUUUCGAGGACGGCUUCUGUGGAUGGCUGAGUGACAUCCGCGCCGCUCCCUUUAACAACAGAUGGGUCCGCUCAACGAGCCGAAUCGAUUACCACGACCACCCGAACAACGGCAAAUCCGGCCGGUUCCACGUCCAGUCCACCGGCAUCCCCAACCAGGCCCUUAGCAUAGCGCGCCUGUACACGCCCUGCCUUGCUGUCUCCUCUGACUCCAGCCUGGACUUCUUCGUUCACUUGUAUGGACCCUCCAUCCAGUACGUCCAACUGAAGUCCCUUUCCAACGCCGCCAACAACGAGACCGUCCUCUGGAGCAGCAGCAGCGUUCAGUCCAACGCCUGGCUGCACCCCACCCUCCCCGUCCCCGCCUCCACCAACGUCGUCUUCAUCCUGGAAGCGGCCUUCUCCGACGCCGACUCCACCGUCGCCAUCGACCAGAUCCGCUUGCUCAACGAAGCGGAAGUGGUCACUUUGGGCGACAACUGUCCCGGCGUGGCGCCGGUGACCCCGGCGACCACCCGCCCCACGCGGCCAACCGUCACCACCCCGGUACCGCCCCUGCCCACCGGGACGUUGAGCUGCUCCUUCAAUUCCCAUUUCUGCGGGUACGGAUAUCAAGGUUUCAGGAUAUCCAACACCAGUGAGGACAUAACGACCUCCGUGGGCGGUGGCAUGGCGCUGUUCCAACCGAACAGUCAGCAACGUCACGCCAAUUUAUUGUCGCGUGGGUUCUACGUGCGGGAACGCAUGCAGGUGUUCUUCUUCUACUUCGCCCAUGCGGAUGUGGAAACAUUCACGGUGAAGGCGCAUUACGUCGUCAAUGGACAGAUCACCUCGACGGAUGUCUUGUUUGAACUGCACGGAAGCGCCGCCCUGGGCGGGAUGGCGUUUGGACGCUGGAUCCCCGGUCGGGUGACGCUUUGUGUGCCCGGAUUCUCGCCGUUGGUACAGCUGGAGUUCAGCGUCACAGCUGGAGCCGGUUCCUCGUCGGAAUUUGCUCUUGACGAGAUCAUCAUCAACCGCGAAACCCAGGCCACCUCCCUUACCCCUCUGAACAGCACCCUGGACUGCGGCCCGAUCAAUCGACCUAAUUCCCUGACCUGCGAAGACAUCGCCCCCGGCGCGCCCUUCUGCGGCUGGCAGGCCCCGCCCGGCGUCACCACCCAGGUUCUGCCCGGCACGCACGAGACCGCGCUGGUCGUCCUGGGCGAAGCGCUGUCCGCCGGUCCCGUGCAGGUCGUCAGCGGGGAGAUCCCGCCGCAUUCCGAACCGACCAACUUCGCCUUCAAGUACAUGCUGGUCACCCGCGCCCGCCUGCAGGUGGAUCUCCUGGUGGGCGGGGACAACAGUCUGCCCUAUCCCUUGGCCCCCACGGAGAACGCCGAACGCUGGAAUUCCGCCGUGGUGGAGGUUCCCGCCAGCGAUCAGCCCAGCCGAAUUACCUUCCGCGUCAGUGUCCUGGAGGUGCAGAACCGUCAGGAGCCGGGAGUCGUGCCGGCGUUGUUCGCGCUGACGGACACGUGGUACUCGGCUGAAGAAGGCUUCGUGGCGCAACUGGACAACGUGACCACCACCGUCUCUCCCGUCACCACCGAGCCGACGGCAACAUCCGGAUCGACGGUGACAUCGGUCACCACCGGGCCAACGGGCACCGCUGGGUCCACGACCACAUCCGGACCGACGGUAACAUCAGUGACAUCAGAGUCCCCGACACCAACAACCGUUCCGACGACGAACGCCACCACCCCGCCCAUCGUCGUCCGGCCGACGAGCGCACCCCAGGCCUACAGCACGCAGGACAUCGUGCUGAUCAGCGUGGGCUCGGUGGCCGGCGCCCUGGUGCUGCUGGGCGUGGUCAUCGCGCUGCUGCACUUGCGCAGCAAGCGCCGCGAGCGCCAGGGCCGCAGCUACGAGGAGCACGUCGUCACCGAGACGCCGCUGACGGAGAUGUCCACGCGCACCUCCACCAUGUCCAAACCGCCGGCCUACAGCAGCAAACCCCCAACACCGCCGCCCGCCAGCGGCCAGAGCACGCCGCCGCCCUCGCAGCCGACGGUGGCCGCCUUCCGCACCAAGGGCUUCGACGAGGAGACGCUUUAAAC